UGAAUUAGCGUCCCAGGAUUUUCGUCAUGACUCUUAAAUCUGGGCUUGUCAGUUCUGCCCAGCGUUCCAGGUCUCUAGGCACAGCAUGGGACUUUCAGAGUUCAGCCAAUCACGUAACGUUGAGAUCAGGUUGCCAGGCAGAUUAUGCUAAUAAGACCCCGCCUUUUAUGCUGCUCCCACUCUGCGGCGGGAAGAACCACCUGGAGGCGGCGGGGGGGGGUUGAUUUCCAUCACCCCUAGGGAGAGAGGAUCCGGGACCCGCUGAUCUUCCAGCUCCCCUCACCCAACGUCGUGCAAACUGCAGAGAUCCUCCUGCCUCCAUGAACAUGUGUGUACAGGACGUACAAGACAGAUGAGUGUCCUCUGUCCUGUGCUGCUGCUGUAGGUGGCUCAGACUUUGAGCUGUCCAACAAGGAGAAGAAGAUGGAUUCCAAAGAUGAAAGCUCCCACGUGUGGCCGACAUCAGCAGACCAUGACCAGAACACUGCACAGGUGCACUUUGUUCCGGAUGCUGGAACUGUGGCUCAGAUUGUAUACACUGAUGACCAAGUUCGUCCACCCCAGCAGGUGGUGUACACAGCAGAUGGUGCCUCCUACACAUCAGUGGAUGGUCCAGAGCACACACUGGUGUACAUCCACCCGGUGGAAGCUGCACAGACUCUGUUUACAGACCCAGCUCAGGUAGCUUACGUCCAGCAAGAUGCCACAGCUCAACAGGUGCUGCCUUCCAUUGAGAGUGUGGACGGUUCCGACCCUGACCCUCUGGCAACUCUGCAGAACCCAAUUGCUAGACUAGAUGCAAAAGAGGAAGAGGAUGAGGAAGAGGAUGAGGAUGAGGAUUCAGAGGAAGAAGAGGAAGAGGAUGCUGAAGACACUGAUGUGGAUGAUUGGCAGCCUGACCCACCCCGGCCUUUUGACCCCCAUGAUUUGUGGUGUGAAGAGUGUAACAACGCACAUUCUUCUGUGUGCCCAAAGCAUGGCCCCUUGCAUCCGAUCCCUAACCGGCCUGUGCUCACUCGGGCAAGGGCAAGUCUGCCUCUGGUCCUCUACAUAGACAGGUUCCUUGGGGGAGUGUUCUCCAAAAGACGGAUUCCCAAGCGCACCCAGUUUGGCCCUGUAGAGGGGCCUCUGGUCAGGGGGUCGGAGCUGAAAGACUGCUACAUUCAUCUCAAGGUUUCUCUUGAUAAAGGAGACAGAAAAGACAGGGAUUUGCAUGAAGACCUGUGGUUUGAGUUGUCUGAUGAGACCCUUUGUAACUGGAUGAUGUUUGUGCGCCCAGCCCAGAACCACUUAGAACAGAACCUGGUAGCUUACCAAUAUGGCCACCAUGUGUAUUAUACGACAAUAAAGAACGUGGAGCCCAAGCAGGAACUGAAGGUGUGGUAUGCUGCAUCCUAUGCUGAGUUCGUGAACCAGAAAAUCCAUGACAUAUCUGAAGAAGAAAGGAAAGUCCUUCGAGAGCAAGAGAAGAAUUGGCCCUGCUAUGAGUGCAAUCGCCGGUUCGUCAGCUCAGAGCAGCUGCAGCAGCACCUCAAUUCUCAUGAUGAGAAACUAGAUGUGUUUACCAGAACAAGAGGUAGAGGACGGGGUCGAGGCAAGAGGAGAUUUGGCCCAGGUCGGCGGCCCGGGCGUCCUCCAAAAUUUAUCCGCUUGGAAAUCACCAGUGAAAAUGGGGAAAAGAGUGACGACGGGACACAGGACUUGCUGCAUUUCCCCACAAAGGAGCAGUUUGAUGAGGCUGAACCAGCUACCCUGAACGGACUGGAUCAACCAGAACCAGCGUCCAUCCCAAUCCCCCAGCUGCCACAGGAAACCCCAUCUUCUCUGGAGCAGGAACCAGAAACACACACCUUGCACCUGCAGCCACAGCAAGAAGAGACUGUACUGCCUGCCCAGACCACUUUGACAGCGGAUGACAUGCGCAGGGCCAAACGCAUCCGAAAUGCAGCUCUUCAGCAUCUGUUUAUCCGGAAGUCCUUCCGGCCUUUUAAAUGUCUGCAGUGUGGGAAAGCCUUCCGGGAAAAGGACAAACUGGACCAACACUUGCGCUUCCAUGGGCGGGAGGGGAACUGCCCGUUGACCUGUGAUCUCUGUAACAAGGGCUUCAUCAGCAGCGCCUCCCUGGAGAGCCACAUGAAGCUCCAUUCCGACCAGAAGACUUAUUCUUGCAUUUUUUGCCCAGAAUCCUUUGACCGCCUUGAUUUGUUGAAAGAUCAUGUGGCCAUUCAUAUCAAUGAUGGCUACUUCACCUGCCCAACCUGUAAGAAACGAUUCCCAGAUUUUAUCCAGGUGAAAAAGCACGUGCGCAGCUUCCACUCUGAAAAGAUCUACCAGUGUACCGAGUGUGACAAGGCCUUCUGUCGCCCUGACAAGCUGAGACUGCACAUGCUCCGGCAUUCCGACCGCAAGGACUUCCUGUGUUCCACCUGUGGGAAGCAGUUUAAGCGAAAAGACAAACUCCGGGAGCACAUGCAAAGGAUGCAUAACCCUGAAAGGGAGGCCAAGAAAGCUGACCGCAUCAGCCGCUCCAAGACCUUUAAACCACGCAUCACGUCCACAGACUACGACAGCUUCACAUUCAAAUGCCGUUUGUGCAUGAUGGGCUUCCGGAGGAGAGGCAUGCUGGUGAAUCACUUAUCAAAGAGGCAUCCAGACAUGAAGAUAGAAGAGGUGCCUGAGUUAACCCUCCCCAUCAUAAAACCCAACCGUGAUUACUUCUGUCAGUAUUGUGAUAAGGUUUAUAAGAGUGCCAGCAAACGCAAAGCCCAUAUUCUGAAGAACCACCCAGGAGCUGAACUCCCACCAAGCAUUCGGAAACUUCGUCCUGCUGGCCCUGGAGAGCCUGACCCUAUGCUGAGCACCCACACCCAGCUGACUGGCACCAUCGCCACCCCUCCUGUCUGCUGCCCACACUGUUCCAAGCAGUAUAGCAGCAAGACCAAGAUGGUCCAACACAUUCGAAAGAAGCAUCCAGAGUAUGCCCAACUCCCCAACACCAUCCACACACCGCUGACGACAGCUGUGAUCAGCGCCACCCCAGCUGUCUUAACCACAGAUAGUGCCACUGGAGAGACUGUGGUGACAACAGACCUGCUAACGCAGGCAAUGACAGAACUCUCCCAGACCUUAACGACAGAUUACCGAACACCUCAGGGGGACUACCAGAGGAUUCAGUAUAUUCCUGUGUCUCAGUCGGCAUCUGGUCUGCAGCAACCUCAACACAUACAGCUUCAAGUGGUGCAGGUGGCUCCGGCCACUUCCCCACACCAGUCUCAGCAGUCCACAGUGGAUGUUGGCCAGCUGCAUGAUCCGCAGACCUACACGCAGCAUGCCAUCCAGGUGCAGCACAUCCAGGUCACAGAGCCCACCGCUGCAGCUCCAUCUUCAUCCCAGGUAGCUGGGCAGCCAUUGAGCCCCACCACUCAGCAAGCACAGCAGGGGCUUAGCCCCACCCAUAUCCAAGGCAGUUCUUCCACACAGGGGCAGACUCUACAGCAGCAGAAUUCCUCUGUACAACAUACAUACCUCCCCAAUGCUUGGAACUCCUUCCGUGGUUAUUCAUCUGAAAUUCAAAUGAUGACGCUGCCCCCAGGUCAGUUUGUGAUCACAGACAGUGGUGUGGCAACUCCUGUCACCUCCGGGCAAGUGAAAGCAGUGACUCCGGGUCAUUAUGUAUUGGCAGAAAGUCAACCAGAAUUGGAGGAAAAGCAAACCUCUACCCUCUCUGGUGCAGUCCAGGUUCAACCCUCUGCACACAGUGACUCCCUGGACUCCACAAGCCCCAGCCAACAGCAGACCACACAGUACAUCAUCACGACCACCACCAAUGGGAGCGGGAGCAGCGAAGUACAUAUCACCAAACCGUAGAUUUCAUCCCACCCCUGGAAUCCAGAGCUCACAUCACGUCUUCUAAUUCGAAAUCUGAAGCUUCAAACACCUAGACCUCUUUUUAAAGAUUUAUUACUCAUCAAGAGUUUGAAAACUACAAUUUUGACACACAUAUGCCAGGGGUGAUUUUUGCCAAGGUCAUCUUUACCCAAUUGACUCUUCAAACCCUUGGGAUUUCUGCCAUGGAAUGCAGUUCCUUCAGGGGAAAGUUGACUUCCAGAUGGAGAAACUCGGCCUUGCUCUUGAGCUGGUUGUUUGUUUUGUUUUCAUUUUUGAACACACUGACAAGCCUUACUGUCCCUUUGUGGAAAUACUAAGUGGCAUAUUAUGUUCAUACCAAAGGUGGACACAGGAUGUUCCAAGUCCAUGGUCAUUGGACUUCUGAAAUCCAAGCUAUGGCAUCAAAAGAGAAGGAGUACUUACUUCAUGGGUGUGAUUAGGUCAGAACCACUUUAUCUCAUGCAUUUGAGUUUUCAGUAAUUUAACAAAGGCAGCUUAUUGGAUGAAGACUUUAAAAUGAUAAGAUAAAGGUUUGAUGGUGGUAUUCUGAAGGAGAAACUGUCAUCUAAAAUUUUCUUAUUGCUGAUCUCUCUCUUUCUCUCUCCUAUAUGAGGGCUCACUGUGCUGUCCAGUACAGCCUUGAACUCAUGGGCUCGUGAGAUCCUCCUGCCUUAGCCUCUCCUACGUAGCUGGGACUACAGUCAGGCACCCAUCAUGGCAGUUGUUUUUAAUCUUUCUUAUUUGGGAAAACCUAAGGGGCAGUGGUGGUGCUCCUCACAGAUGCUGACCCCAGCAGAUCUGGCCUCACGGUCCACAAGCAUAGACUCCCUGGAAGUCAAAAGGUUGCAUGAUCUCAACAGGAUUUAAAAAGCCCCUACAUUAAAGCUCUGCCUCCAAGCUUCUGGUUAUAUAUAGCUGUGUUUAAGAAGGAAAUACUAGUUCUAUGAAAAAUUACUAAAAAUAUAAAUUUAGGAUAUAUAUGUAGAUACAUAUAUAUGUAGAUACAUAUAUAUAUAUACACAUACAUAUACAUAUGGAGAGAGAAAGACAGACAGACAGAGCUGAAACCUUGCCCUGCCUGGCAGGAUUCAUUUACUGCUCAUUAGUAAAGGUUGAGUUCCUUACUCCUACUGGGUUCAUCAGGUGUAUGUAUAACACUUUGUGAUGCUGCGAAUCAAAACCCAGGGCCUCUUGCAUGUUUUACAGGUUCUCCAACAUUGACCUACAAUGCUGGUCCCUGCAUCACACCUGUGUUCACAUUAUUGGGUGUAUUUUAGUACUUUCAGUACUGUCUUAAAAAUGAAGAGUCUUUGAACUUGGGUAGAAAGGUGGUCUUUCUUAUUCCUAAGCUUUUUAAACUUUAAGCAUAUUGUAAUUCACCCAGAUCUUGUUAUAAGAUGACCAACUUCCCACUUAGGGCAAAGAAAAAUAAGGGGACCAUCGUAAUAAUGAGGUAAAGGAUGGGUGUGGAGGAGAAUUAACAUUGGUUGGGAGAGGAAAGCAGUUUUCUGUGUGAUAGUUGUCUUCUAUGUGUCCUGUUUGGGAGUCUUGUUUGCUGUGGAUCUAGUGGGGAAGUAUUGCCCUUCUUUUUACAUUCCAGUUGUACUCAGAAGACAUCUUAAAAGCUUGUAUUUUAACAACUUUUUGUGACAUACAUUUUAAAAAUAAUUAUUGUAGAGUGAAUUUACCACUCCAGAUCAGGAAGUCCUAAGUUCAUUUCAAAUGAAGUUAACUAAUUUAUUUUAUUUACAUUUCUGAGGAAAAACUGGGUCUGUGAAUUAAGAAAUAGACUAUCUUCUGUGUGGUAAAGACACCUUCCUGAAAAGUAAACAUUUGGUUUUGAAGUCACUAUUAUGUAGAUUCUGCACUUUCCUUUUGAGAUCUCGUUCAUAGACUUAUGUCUGAAGAUUUGGGCAUGAAAAGAACUUGAGAAAAUUACCUCAAAAAUGUGUGGAAACUGAAAAUGAACUCUGUAUCUUUGAUAAUAAAAAGGUAACAAUAUUUUCAACAUAAAAUGUUGACUCCAAGUCACAAGAAUGUAAGACUUUGGUUCCCAAAGUCCUGGAGUGUAAUAAAUAGCUAACUAUCACAGAGUCUCAGCCAUCUCGAAGGCACAGUUCUAGUUCCUGUAAUUUAAAUUGGGCUAUUAGAGCUGGCGUGGUGGUGCACAUCUUUAAUUCCAGCACAGGAGGCUAAGACAGGUACAUCUCUGAUUUGGAGGCCACUCUGGUCUACAAAGAGUUCAAAGACAGCCAGAGCUAUACAGAGAAACUCUGUCUUGGAAAACAUAAACAAACCAAAAUAAAUAAACAAAUAAUUUUGACCUGUUGGAUUCUCUUUAAUUUGAGCCAGCAGAGUAUCUUCCCCACUUCUCAGGAAUAGCCCAGUGAUUAAAAUAAAAAAGCCAAUCACUGAAGGAAUGUUGGUUUUGGGUUAGUUAUUUUUGAAGUUUUAAAAUACACAGAGGAAAAAUACUGUUGAAGGACUUUUGUCUUUUUCCCUUCUAAAUUUUUUUCUUUUUUCUUUUGGUUCUUAUAUGGAAUAAAUAAAUACCAUAACUAUAUCAUCAGCCAGAGAUGUGGGUGGCAGUGAAGACAUCACCACUUUAAGAUCAGGUAUUUUAUGAAUUUAUCCCAAGGUAUCAGAAGGGAUGGCAGAGUGUAAUCCUUCUGACAGCCUGAAUUGGGGAAUAUGCAUGUUCCAGUGUCUACAUGGUAAUCUUUCCUCAGAUACCGUGACACUGUAGACUGCAUUCAGUACAGUGUGAAUACUUUGAAGUGGGUCGGAUAUAGAUUUUUAACAUUUUUAUUGUUUAGUUUGUGCCCAGAGAAAUGGAUAGUUCAUCAUGUAAUAUUCCUGUUUUUCUGGAAAGACUUUCUGUUUUGAUGUUCUUGAAUUAUUUUCUGACCUGGAAUUGUCCUUUCAAAAAAAAAAAUCUCAAAACAUCGAGAGCUAAAAAACACCUAAUGAGAUGUUGAAGCUGGCCCAUUGGUUGAAAGUAUUGAUUCUAUCCUGUUAUUUAAAUGUGAACAUUUAUUGUAUAUUCAGUGGGUUAUAGUGUUAAUAGUCUUGUGCUACCCAGCAAGUGUAAAAAUUAAUAAAUAUUUUUUUAAUAA